AUGGCUCAUUACCAUACUGACUAUAAAAAGAUCAAAAGCAUAGAAACUUUUGCUAUGCAUAUCUGUGAGCACUUCCUCUCUUCUUUUAACCAUGUCAUUCGAGUUCAAGUUUAUGUGGAAGAAGUCCCUUGGAAGCGUCUUGAAAGGAAUGGUGUUAAGCAUGUCCAUGCAUUUAUUCACACUCCCACUGGAACACACUUCUGUGAGGCUGAACAGACAAGGAGUGGACCUCCAGUUAUUCAUUCUGGAAUCAAAGACCUCAAGGUCUUGAAAACAACUCAGUCUGGAUUUGAAGGAUUCAUUAAAGACCAGUUCACCACCCUCCCUGAGGUGAAGGACCGGUGCUUUGCCACCCAAGUGUACUGCAAGUGGCAAUACCACCAGUGCAGAGAUGUGGACUUUGAAGCCACCUGGGACACUGUUCGGGAUAUUGUCCUGGAGAAAUUUGCUGGGCCCUAUGACAAAGGCGAGUACUCACCCUCUGUCCAGAAGACCCUCUAUGAUAUCCAGGUGCUCACCCUGAGCCGGAUUCCUAAGAUAGAAGACAUGGAAAUCAGCCUGCCAAAUAUUCACUACUUUAACAUAGACAUGGCCAAAAUGGGACUGAUCAACAAGGAAGAGGUCUUACUACCUCUAGACAAUCCAUAUGGCAAAAUUACUGGUACAGUCAAGAGGAAGCUGCCUUCUCGGCUGUGA